CAAACCGUGGAGCACACAGCACAGGGUGGCGUUGAUGAUUGCAAUUGGCCAAAACAAAUCUACGAAAAUGUCCUCGCAACUAAGCGAGCAAUUUGCUUUGAUUAAGGUUCUCUCAACAAGAGGAAGAGACGGUUCUGGUACUUUGUCCAAUCAUUUUGUGUCUUGUAGGUGAUCCAUUCUUUCUUUCUUUUCCUUUUUUGUCUUCGUUGCUACUCAUGUUAGAGUUUGGAAAAAGGCCGGCCCAAGAUCUGUACUACAAGGCCCAAUGUGACAAAGCCCGCCAAUGACGUUUCCCGCCUGGCUGCGGGGGCCCACGCGUCAUCCACCGCGGCGGCUUGCGCCGCACGUUCCACACGCAUAUCCGCACCCAACUCCACUCGCACGUGCCCGUCGUCCCCCUCCCCUCUCCACUCCAACUUGAGCUCUAGCUCUCGCACUCGCAAGCAAGGGAAAGCGAGGCGGAAGGAAGCUAUCGCCUAGCAGCGGAGACCGGGAGAUCGAGAUGUCGGCGGGGCUCGUGACGGAGGAGGUGAUGGUGGGGCGGCUGGUGCGGAUCCGGCGGACGGUGAUGCAGAUGCUGCGGGACAGAGGGUACCUGGUGGUGGAGCACGAGCUCGCCAUGGGCCGCCGCGACUUCCUCCGCAAGUACGGCGAGUCCUUCCACCGCGAGGACCUCCUCAUCAACAAGUACAAGAAGAACGAUCCCUCCGACCAGAUAUACGUUUUCUUCCCUAACGAUGACAAGGUGGGAAUGAAACACAUAAAGAAGUACGUCGAGAUGAUGAAAGCUGAGAACGUCUCCAGAGCGGUAUUGGUUCUUCAACAGAACCUCACUCCAUUUGCAAGGUCAUUUCUUCAAGAAUUAGAGCCAAAGAUCCACUUGGAAAUUUUCCAGGAAGCCGAAUUGCUUAUAAAUAUCAAGGAACAUGUUCUCGUUCCUGAACAUCAAGUGCUUAACAAUGAGGAAAAGAAGACAUUAUUGGAGCGGUACACUCUAAAGGAAACUCAGCUUCCAAGAAUACAAAUUACGGACCCUAUUGCAAGGUACUAUGGCCUCAGACGAGGACAGGUUGUGAAGAUCAUCAGGCCCAGCGAGACAGCCGGCAGAUAUGUUACAUAUCGUUAUGUUGUAUAAUAGCAGAAAAAUGAGAUGGAGAGCACCAUAAAUCUGGUGAUUUUUGCAGGUAUACAUACAUGACCAUAUGCUUGGAGAAAUCAUAUUUCUAAGGAGAAGCCAUGUUAAUGAUCCCAUGGCUGUUAUGUAAGUGAAUUCUCGUGAGUUAAGCAUAUGGACCAUACAUAAUUCCUCAUGUUGUACACUUUGUUUCAAGAACUGUAUAAACAGUACAGAAUAAAAACACCAGUUUUCAGAGGCUCAGAGUUUUUCAAAUGGAAUAGUUUCUUCUUUUUCCAA